AUUUUACACUUUACACCUCAUGAUGUAUACCCGAGUUGUCUUUUGGCAAUCCCUAUAGAUGCUCUUACUAUAAUGACAUUCAAUUUUGACCUCGGGACAGAAACCUUCUCGUUAGCCACCUCCGACUUGGAUUUUAUCCUCCACGCUUCAGCGGUCAUUUCCACGCCGCCAGGGACUUGGAACCCAUGGAGCACCGAGUCGUUCAGAAAAGAGCUCGUUGCAGGAAGCAUAUGGGUCGACAAUGAUGCCUCCCUUCAACUACAUUUAUACAUCAGCUUUGAUGCAGAGUCAGAGUUGUCUAGCUCACGCUCGAGGUUCGUCUCUCGAUUGGGCGACAUUCUCUGCAAGUCGAAGUUCUGGUCAGAGCUCGGUCUCGAAGCUUCGUCCGCAGAUUACAAUGACGGCUCGCAUGGACACUACCCUCCAACUUCGCACCUAUCAUUCAACUUACGCAAAAGCAAUCGGACAUCUACGAUAUUGAAGACGUCGAGAAUACCGGCCGCGCUACAAAGCCCCGGCGAUGCACCCCCUAUCGAUAUUUGCCCUACCGUCUUCCUAUCAACAGUCAAAGUGAGGCUAGAGUAUACCCGUUCGAGCCUGCCCACUUGUCACCUACUACCAUCUUGCCCGAUCCCUGAAACAGCGCUUGCGCCCAUUCGACAUACCGGUUAUAGCCAUCAAAAGAUUGCGUUCGUUCCCCAAAGUCCAGAGACCGCCAUUCAAUUUGAGCAGGCUCAGAUAUGCCCAGACCAGCCACAGUCUGUCGCAAAGGAAUUGGAAGCCUUCCACUGCCUGAUCCCAGAAACCGACCUACAUCCGGCACCCAAUUACUUGAGCUCCUCAAAAGAGCUUAGUACAUUGAUAAGCGCCGCGUUGGAAACCAUGAUCGUUGGAGAAUCCUCUCACAAAUGCCCUCCGAAGGUGCAGAGCUCUUCAAAACAAGCACUAGUACCUAUAUCCCGGAUUGCGCCUUCGAUUUUCAGUCCCGGAUACCGCGAAGUGAGCUUCCCCGAACGCACCUACAUUAAGUCAAAUUUGACGGGCCAGCUAAUGUCAAUUUUUCCCUCACAGUCUGUGAACCAGAGAGUCCAGCUUAUCCCGUCCAUCGCUAAAUCCCUCUCGUCAAUUAUAAAGCAUAGUCGGGACCCAAGUCUCCAGAACAAAGCCAUUAUAUUUCAGAGCUCAGGCGAGCCCGAGUCCGAGUCCGAAGUAAGUAGCAAUGCGCGUGCUCGCACCGCCACCGUGAGCCUCAAAAGCAGGUUGAAGGCCUCGCUCUGGCGUGUCGCUGCCAACCAGGUUCGUACAAUGCAGGGCACCCGAAAGCGCAGUCCCCUGAUCCCGGCACCCACGAUGAGGGCAGAGAGUGAGGAUGAACAGUCUUUUGAAGAUGAGAUCCUGUUUGCUGCGACACCACCGGAAGAGAAUUUAUACUCUCAGGAUACUGGAAUAAGUGAGGACGGAGGAUGCUCUGAUCAGUACUUGGGGACUGAGGAAGAGGUUUCCGUCUCCGGCGAAUCGGAAGCCAGUUCCUUUCUGGCGAUGGAUGAGGAGCGUAGCGACAGUUCAGAGGAUUUAUUCAGCUAUCAAGAUAGCGAAAUGAACCAGGUAGCGCGACCAUACAAGUCCAUAUUUAUCCCAGGGGACUCGAUGUGUCAGAGUUCGCAACAAAACUGGGAAAUGUUAUCCAAUUGUCUCGACUAUCCAGAAAGCCCUCUUCUCUUAUCAGACCAGUCAGCUUUGUUUGAGGAGGAACUUUUCGAGGAAGCAUGCGAUAAAAUGCUCUGUGAAUAA